AUGUUGGGCAACAAAGUCCCGAGGCAAAAGCCCUGCCCUCACUGCAAGAGCACAUCAGCCCUACCAGAAACCUCCACCAUCCACUACGAGAAGUUCUGGCUGUACCGUCACUGCUCCUCAGUGCAGCAGAGGGACAGGCAAGCUCAGAAAGCCGGGCAGCUCUUCUCAGGGCUGCUGGCCAUGAACGUGGUGUUUCUGGGCAGUGCCUUCAUCAGCAGUAUGAUUUUCAACCAAGUGGCCAUCACACUGUCAGAUGUGUGGAUCCUGCUCUCCAUCCUCAAGGUCUUGUCCCUGUGCUGGAUCAUCUACUACCUGCUGGGGACCAGCCGGCAGCCGCACGCCGUGCUGUACCGCGACUCCCACGCAGGGACCAUCUGGAUUAGGGGGUCAGUGCUGCUGUUUGGCAGUUUCAGCAUCCUCCUGAACGUGUUUCAGAUCGGCUACAGCACGAUUCUCAUCCAGUGCAAAUCCAAGCUGGAUAUUGUGUUCCCCAGCAUUGAAAUCAUUUUCAUUUUCAUCCAGGCUUUCUUUCUGUGGCAUCACUCUAAGGAUUGCAUUCAAGUCCAGCACAACUUCACCAGGUGUGGGCUGAUGCUGACCAUUGCCACUAACCUCCUCCUCUGGAUCCUGGCCGUGACCAAUGACACCAUUCACCUGGAGAUCGAUUCCCAGCUGCGUGAGGUGGAGCAGCGAUUUGGAGACAACGAGACUACCUUAUGCACAUGCCCAAACACAACCAUCUGCAAAGUCUUCCAAAAGGGCUACAUCCUGCUGUACCCCUUCAGCUCCGAGUACUGCCUCGUCUGCUGCUCCGUGCUCUACGUCAUGUGGAAGAACGUGGGGAGACGCAUCAGCCACCACCACGUCCCUCACAUCAAGCCCAAGUUCAAGCUGCAGGGAGUGGUCUUUGGGCCACUGCUGGGUGCUGCUGCCGUGGUCAUCGGCAUCUGUGUCUUCAUGAUGUACCAGAUCCAGGCCACGGGCUCAGCCCCCAGCCACCAGGUCUUUGUGAUGUACUAUUCCUACUACGUCGUGCUCCUGCCCCUGAUGAGUGUGAGUGCAGUGGCUGGGACAAUCAUCCACGCCUUGGAGAAAAGGGAGCUGGACACAGUGAAGAACCCGACCCGCAGCCUGGAUGUGAUCCUGUUGAUGGGGGCAGCCCUGGGCCAAAUUGGCAUGUCUUACUUCUCCAUCGUUGCCCUUGUGGCCACUGACCCCACGAAGCUGUUGAACAGCCUCAUCUUGUCCUAUUCUGUCCUCCUCAUCUUUCAGAGCAUCACCCAAAAUGUCUUCAUCAUCGACGGGCUUCACCGGCAGCCCCUCGUAGCAGCGGCUGAGGCCACGCACGCGGGACACGCCGGGCAGCACGUGGUGGCUUCAGAGCUCCCUGGAGAAGAGGAAACCAGCACAAGAAGCAAACAGGAGCACACACAGAUGUCUGCCAGCAAGGAAGAAGAAACCAAAGAAGAGCAGAAUCGUGAAGGCCACAGCCAGAGGCGAGUGAGCAUGCUGGAGCUGGGCCAGGAGAUCCGCAAAGCUUCUCUGUCCUACAUCCACAGCUACUCUCACCUGAACUGGAAGAGAAGAGCAUUAAGGGAGAUCUCCUUCUUCCUGGUUUUGUGCAACAUCAUACUGUGGGUCAUGCCCACCUUUGGGGCUCACCCCGUCUUCGAGAACGGACUGGAAAAGUCAUUCUAUGGCUACUCCACCUGGUUUGCCAUCGUGAACUUUGGGCUCCCUCUGGGUGUGUUCUACAGGAUGCACUCUGUUGGGGGGCUCCUGGAGGUCUACGUCACAGCCUGA